AUGGCCAAUUUUGCUCGUGAAGAGACCCAAGUCUCACCUACUGGCAUGGUCAUCGAGGAGCCCACGUUUCCAGACUUUGCUGGCGGCCCUUCGGCGCGCAAUCGUAGCACGGCACUAAAGUUUCCUACUCCAGAAGAUCCUACACCUGCACACAUUUCCCAGCAUGACCUUACAGAGCCACAAGCAAGAGAGCAGCCCUCAACAAAACAAUCGCAGACCGCCUCGGCUCCACGACGUCUGCUAGACCGGUCGGCGACAGAACGACCAAAGCCCUCCACCAAACACUCGCUGUUGAGAAACAUGCCAGCUCCCCGAAAGCAACGGCCGACGCCUGUACAAAGACAAACAACCAUCACUUUCGACCACAGUUCCUCGGAGUCUGACUCAUUCGAGGAUGAGCAGCUCCCAGCGAAGAGCACCAGUCGUGAUGAGACGAUACAGCGGGAGGAGUCUCGGACUCGCUCAGGCAAUCAACGGCGAUCAUCAACCAUGAACCCUUUCGCCAGGUUCAAGGUCUCGAACGAGCAUUUUCAGACCAAGGGAUCUGUAAAAAGCGACGGACGUCUCAAGCUCAGUAUAUUGGAGGAGGACUUUGGCAGUGGAUACAUCGCGAAGGCCUUAGGUGCUGUCCUACCAAAGCACGGAAAAGAGGAAGAGCACCACAGUGUGCAUUCCUACGACGAUCGAGGCGUUGGCGCCGAGAAGAUUGCGCCAGAAGAAGACGAAAUGGAACACGAUCCCUCGCGGCGUAUGAAACUCAACAUUGUCAUCAUCAUCAUUGGGUCUAGAGGAGACAUACAGCCUUUCAUCCGCAUUGGCAAGAUUUUGAAAGAGGACUACGGGCAUCGAGUCCGCAUCGCCACCCAUCCGGCUUUCAAGGAUUUUGUGCAAAAGGACUCUGGACUGGAAUUCUUCUCUGUGGGAGGCAAUCCGGCUGAGCUGAUGGCCUUUAUGGUGAAGAAUCCAGGCCUGAUCCCGAACAUCGACACCAUCAAGGGUGGGGAGAUUGGUCGACGUCGAGCGCAAAUGUACGAGAUGUUUCAGGGUAUGUGGCGCGCUUGCAUCAAUGCCACAGACGAUGAGACGGACCACAUGAAUGCCAAGAUGAUGGGGGAUAAGGCACCUUUUGUUGCGGACGCUAUCAUUGCGAACCCACCCAGCUUUGCGCCUGCACACAUUGCUGAGAAGCUCGGCAUACCUCUCCACAUGAUGUUCACGUUUCCGUACACGCCAACCGUACAAUUCCCACACCCGCUCGCAAACAUCAAGGUUAGUAACGUCGAACCCACAUACAGCAACUUCAUGUCAUAUCCUCUUGUGGAAAUGAUGAUGUGGCAAGGUUUGGGUGAUUUGAUCAAUCGCUUCCGGACCGAUGUAUUACGACUGGAGAGCAUCAGUACACUCUGGGCGCCUGGGCAAUUGUAUCGACUGAAAGUGCCAUACACGUACAUGUGGUCUCCUGGCAUUAUUCCAAAGCCCAAGGAUUGGGGGCCUGAGAUUGAUGUAACUGGUUUCGUCUUCCUGGAUCUCGCAUCGAACUUCACACCACCCGAUGACCUAAAGGAAUUCUUAGACGAUGGCGAACCCCCGGUCUACAUUGGUUUCGGCUCAAUUGUGGUGGAUGAUCCGGAUCAGUUCACGAAGCUUAUAUUUGAGGCUAUCGAGAUGGCUGGUGUACGUGCGCUUGUUUCAAAAGGUUGGGGCGGAUUUGGCUCCAAUGCUGAUUGUCCGGACAAUGUGUUCAUGCUCGAAAAUACUCCGCACGAUUGGUUGUUCCCGAGGUGCAAAGCAGUUAUACAUCACGGAGGGGCUGGAACUUGCGCCAUCGGUCUCAAAUGCGCAAAGCCAACGAUGAUUGUACCCUUCUUUGGCGACCAGCCCUUCUGGGGCGCCAUGGUCAGUAAGGCCAAAGCGGGAGCACACGAAUGCAUACCCUACAAGAACCUGACUGCGGAGCGGUUAGCUAAGGGCAUUAAAGAAUGCCUUACAGAAGAGGCGCAAAAGAACGUGCAAAAGAUCGCGGACAGCAUUGAGGCUGAAGGUGAUGGAGCGCUGAACGCUGUACGCUCGUUCCAUCGGAGCUUGCCACUCCACGGAGAAGGAAGUAUGCGUUGCGACUUUUUGGACAAUCGUGCGGCGACUUGGAAGAUCAAAAACACCAAGGUCCAGCUAUCAGCGCUGGCGGCCGAGAUCCUGGUCAACAAGAAGAAGCUAAAGUGGAACGAACUUCGGCUGAUCCGUCAUUACGAGUGGAAUGAUUUCGGUGGCCCAGGCGAACCGGUUACUGGCCUAUGGGGAAGCAUAUAUACUACCCUGACCGACGCUGCUUUGGGUGUGGGCUCCGUUCCUGUAGAGAUGGGCAAGAGCUUAAAAAAGCGUGAGAAGCUAUGGGAGAAGAAGAGACAGCACCAAAAGAAAAGGCAGAAGAAGAAAGAAACUAUGGCGAGGGCAAAUGCAGAGCUGGAGAAGUCGACUAACAACUCGGCCGAGGACCAUGUCGCCAAGAAAGAGCAGGAACAGAACGGUCGACCAAAGCCGGAGCGUGAAGAGUCCACUCUGUCAAAAAUCAAUGAGCCGGAAGAGACGCUGAACGUAGAGCUUGCACACGAAGCAGCUUUUGGCUUCCGAAAAACUGGCCAUGCGCUUGCACGCUUUCCUAUGAACGUCACUCUUGCCCUCACACAAGGCUUCCAUAACGCACCCCGACUGUAUGGAGAUGAGACCGUCAGACGCCCACCGCGAGUCACAGGUCUACACUCUGGGCUUCGCGCUGGUCGCGAUGAGCUAGUCUACGGCGUGACAGAUGGAGUAACAGGCAUUGUCACACAGCCGAUCCGUGGCGCCAAAGAGAACGGCGUCGUGGGUGCUGUGCGAGGCGUAGGGUUCGGUAUUGGAGGCUUCGUCUUGAAAGACAUUGCGGCUUUGCUUGGCCCAACAGCUUACCUCAUGAAAGGCCUCGACGCCGAGUACAUGAAAAAGUACCAGCCUACGACCCUCAUUCGCAGAGGCCGAAUAGCACAAGGCCAGCUGGAAUUGCAGCAACUCGAACACAAGACUCGUGUUACAAACAUUAGAGAGGCAGAGGGUAAGAAUGCCGAGCCUAAGGAAAACCGAGAUGACGUCGAGGACAUCGUCGCGCACAGGUGGGCAGCACUGAAGCAAGCCAUCGCAGAAGAGAAGAAGCACAACAAACAGGGCAUCAUUGCCUCACUCACCGGCACAAGUGAGAAGAAAGCAGGUACGAUGGUUCCGCGGAAAGGCACUUCUGUUAAAAAACCUGCGAAUCCACCGCUCUCAAAAUCAGUCACCACCCCUAUUGCACAGACUGAGAAAGAUGCAAAUACCAAGAGGAAGACAGACUACGAUGCUGUCAAGAAAAGCUUCGAAUCACAGCAUCGGAGAAGUGUUACACUCAAUCGAAGCAGCACUGAGCCGCUUACGAGAAGAAGUUGGGACGAUAGUAACGCGGCAAGACCUGCGAAGCCCGAGAAAAAGGAGAGGCCGCAGAGUAUACACGAGGAGCCGGAGUUUGAAGAAACACACGUUUUAGGGAAUGCGCGUCUAAACGAAGAGAUGGGUAGCGAUGAAGACGAGAAGAGACAUGACCCCGUACCCAGCGCUCCGACGGUGGAUCCUGAGUCGAAGCAGGACUUCAAGCCAGACCAGAGGCUACCACAAGAGCCUGGUCGCGCCUCCGCGGACUCAAGUUCCGACAAGACGAAAGUUGGCACUGAGACUAUGGACUGGGUGAAGAUGAGGCAGGAAGCUGAGAGCAGGGAAGAUGCCGGGAGGACCUGGGUUGUUAAUGUGUAA